AGUACCGUGGCUGUGGCCACCUUGCGCAGCUGAGAGCGAAGGGCUGAAGGGUGAGGUCAGGCUGCCCACUGUGACAUCAGCAAGGAUGUCACAAUGCAGGGGAUGGUUUUAGGGCCGUCAGCAGGCAGUGCUGCUUCACUUUGGCCUGGGCCAUAGAUCAUGGCUUUGGUGUUGGUUCUCGCCUUGUUGGUGAGGGCGCUAAUUGUCAGUGGCAGUGACCAUGCGGUCAUGCUUGAGCGCGUGCAGCAGCACGAGAAAGAGCAGAGGAACGGGGAGCAGAGCUGGGUGGACAUGUCGGCUCUGCUCUUUACUCUGCUGCAUUACUGGAAGAUCUGGUUCUGUACGGGACUGUUUGUCUUCCUCUUUUGGAAUAUGUGGCGGUCCCUAAAAAGGAAGCAGCAUGAGGAAGGGGGACAGCAGGAACAGCAAGAACGGGAGGAACAGGUGGAAGAGGUGGAACGUGAGGAACAGCAGGAGCAAGUGGAAGAGGAGGAACAGCUGGAACGGGUGGAAGAGCUGGAACAGGAGGAUCAGGUGGAACAUGUGGAACAGGAGGAACAGGAGGAACGGGAGGAUCAGGGGGAACAGGUGCAGCAGGAGGAACAGGUGGAAGAGGUAGAACAGGAGGACGAGGAGGAAGAAUACUUCCAUCAUUCAGCACUGACCAGAUACAUUGCACGGCGUGCCUGGGAAAAGAUGCAAGGAAAGGCCACCAAGUGCGUGCUGGUGGAGGAGCUGAUGAGCGACCUGCUGCAGACCUACACAUUUGUCUGUUCAAACAGCUUCUACCCGGUGCUGCAGCCUGCCAUUGGGGUGGGCAGCGCCUUUGAAGGCUGGAGUCCCUGUGAGGAGGACAUUGUGUACCGCCUGCUCGUGCCCAUUAAGGCCCCCCAUGGGCACGUCUUCCACCCGGAGCUGGGUGAGGAAGGGGAGGUGCUGGCAAGGAACUCCCGCAUCCGUGUGGAGCUGGUGUGCAUGUGCACAAGGGAGCAGCAGCUGGGGGACGUGCUGUGCUUCCUCCACCACUCUGAGGAGGAGCUGAGCCAAAAUCAGCAGCCAGCCUCCUACAGACGCUCUGCACCGGCUCCUACCUGGAUGUGCAGAAAACUGCCGCCUGGUUCAACAAGCAGGUACCAAGAACCUGGAGGCUCACGCACCGGGCACACCGUUACGGCCUUAAGGUGCUGCCCUCCAGCCGCUCCUGCAAGCUCCAGGUGACAGACACCUCCAGCGGGGAAAAAGUCCACGUUGAGCUGCUGUUCGGGGUGCAGCAAGGCAACCUGGACAUCUUCCUGAGCAGCCAGA